CUUAUGUUUUUACCAACCUUGGAAAAAAAGGACCUGAGGGACCUGCAAACACGAGUGGUUACCUAGGAACGACUCUAGAAGGCCAGGUUACGUUGAAUGCUGGAAUCCAGAUGUGGCAAGUACCAUACACAGGUACUUACAUAAUCGAGUCACGUGGUGCAGCUGGCGCAAACGGCAGUUAUGACUUGCGCAAUAAGCUUGGGGACAAGCAUGUGACAAAAAGACAUCAUGGAGGCGUGGGAGCGAAAAUAAGCGGAACAUUUUGGCUUACUCAUGGGACCUUGUUGAAAAUUCUUGUUGGCCAGCGUGGAAUGAUGCAUACACUUACAAUUAAUUUACAGACUCUCGAUUUAAUUCUUGAUGUUGGUGGUGGUGGAGGUGGGUCUUUUGUAACUUACGUGAAUAAUAUCCCCCUUGUUAUUGCUGCUGGUGGCGGCGGCGGUGGCGGCAACGGUGUAGGGUUUGGGACAGAUACAUUUGAUGCUGAUUCGGGACAGUUAGGGGUAUUAGGGAGUAGAUGUAACAGUACGGUAGGAAAUGGGGGAAUGCUAUGUUCUAAUGAAGAGAAAUACACGAUCAACGCUGGAAGUGGAGCUGGGUUGCUAAGUAACGGUAGAAGUCCUAACCUGGCACAUCAUGCUAUGUGUUUUGUCGACGGAGGGAGAGGUGGUACCAAUAUUGGGUUUGAUGGUGAUGGAGGGUUUGGUGGUGGUGGUUAUGGUGCGCUAAACGGAGGGGGAGGGGGAGGAUAUAGCGGGGGAGGUGUGUGGGCUAACUCUACUUAUGGUAUCGCAGGGGGUGGUGGCUCAGUUAACCAUGGCUUUGACAAGCAAUCUGGUUAUGGUGAUGCCUUAGAGCAUGGCUUGGUUAAAAUUGUUUUUCUUGGCUAA